AUGUUCUUCUUCUCGGUGGUUAUCCUGGCGCUCUCACGAACGGCGAAUGCUGGCUUUCAGAUCUAUGACUACCUAGAUCGGCUGGCGAUACAAGAAGCCUGGGGAAUAUCAGACCAAUGUUUGGCAGCAUUAAACUCUACAAUUGACUGCGAUCAAAACAACGCAGUACUGGCAGCUCAAGGAGCAGAUAAUACCUAUUGGUAUCCGCAGAACGUGACAACGCUAUGCACAUCAAACUGCGCCUCAUCUCUCUCAGCUUGGCAUUCUGCAGUAGCUAUGAGUUGCAACGGGCAGACUAUCAACUACGAUGGCACACUUGUUCUGGCUGAGACAGAACCAUUGAUGUGGACGACAGGACAUGAUCUUGUAUGCAUGCAGGACAGUUCUCAAAAUUGGUGCUUCUUAGAAUCUCAGGAGUGGCAGGGAAGCGAUUUUAUUAGAUGGGACCCAGAUGUCUGCAACAAUGAGAAUCCUAUCGACAACCCUCCUCAAUGCAACAAGCCCGAUUUCUCGCCUGUAGACAUAUCGCCGGAUAUGAUGUCAGUGACGAACCUUUACGAUUCUUCGCUGUACUGCAGCGAAUGCUUCAUCAAAAUGUGGCGCCAGAGAUUAGUCUCACCUCUCCUACCGAACAGUACGUUUGCAGACUACCUACUUGACCAAUACGAGGACAUUCAAUCAAAGUGUUCAACCAGCCUGCCGGUGACGACCUACAGCAAGAAUCUUCUUGUCACUUCUCCAGCAGCUACAACCACGACAUCUCGAGUUUCAGACACAUCUACUGCAGCCCCAACUGCAACGGGUACCUGCUUAGGACAACUGAUCCACCCGGAUUCCGUCAACUUGGUUACUUGCAACGAUAUAACAGACAAAUACAAUGUCACAACGGGAGACGUUCGUGUGGUCACCGAUGAUUAUUAUUGUCAAUUCAAUACAAGCAUUUGUUUGCCGCUUCCUUGCGAGCUAGAUACAGUUUUGGGAUCUCCCUCUUGUGACAAUCUUACAGAGUUGUAUUCUACCCCGGACAAAAAUGUUUCCUUGACGCAAUUCCUCUUCUGGAACAAAGCGGUUCAGGGUAGUUGUGGUUUCCUAGCAAUAGCGCAACGUGUAUGCAAAAGCCCACCUGGAGGGCAUUACACUCCCUCGGCUACUUUCGCCGUACCAACAGCUGCAGGAUCAUAUUAUACGACGGCCACAGCAUCAGAGCCGACACAGACCGGGACAGUACCUGCUUGUGGCCGUUACUACAAUGUUGUCUCAGGAGACACGUGCAAUGGCAUCUGUUUGAGAUUUGGCAUCAAUGAAACUGAAUUACAUGACCUCAAUACCUACCUGAACAGUGGAUGUACUAAUCUCUGGCUGAAGACAGCUGUUUGUGUUGCCCCAGUCUCGAAAGGACCUGUAUCGACAGAUGGUACGUGUGGGCCAUCACAUGACUAUGCCAUAUGUGAUGGCACAAGCUUUGGAAGGUGCUGUUCAGUAGGUGGUGCCUGUGGCAAUACUUCUGAAUACUGCAGCCAUAACAAUUGCUAUUCUGGAGCUUGUCAAGCACCAAGCACAGCAACUCAGAAUGGAACCUGCGGGCCGUCCUAUGGAGGAACGACCUGUACAAAUGCUGUAUUUGGUCAAUGUUGCAGCAUCUAUGGCUUUUGUGGCAAUGGUACAGCCUAUUGUGGUACUGGAAAUUGCUACUCCGGUGCCUGCCAAGAUUCUAACAACCUUUCUACCGACGGCUCCUGCGGGCCUCUGUUCGCAGGCAACAAAACAUGCACAGGAACCCAAUUUGGAAAGUGCUGCUCGAAUUCGGGGUAUUGUGGAAGCACCCACGAUUAUUGUGGAGCAGGAAAUUGUUAUUCAGGAGCUUGUGACACUGGUUCAACUGUUUCUGUUAGUCCUGAUGGUACUUGUGGGCCAAGUUCAAAGAAAGCAUACGUAUGUGAUGGGUCGAAGUUUGGAACUUGUUGCAGUACAUCAGGGUUCUGUGGUAGUACAAAAGAUUAUUGUUCUGGCACGAAUUGCUACUCAGGAGCUUGUACUAAUUAGAAAUUAAUCACUGAGAGAAUUAGCUUUUAAUCAAAAUUACAGAUCGAC